AUGAAUCGGAUAUUGGUAUUGGCGCUUUCUCUCUUUUUCCUCCAUGCCGGUUGCAAUGGUCAGUUUGGGCCCUACUUGAAAUCUCGGACGAAACAUUUUCAAAACCGUGACUUUUUCCUAUUUUCAAUAAAAGAGACGAUUUUCCGAGUGAAAAAUCGGUCAUUAUUCCCAAGACAGGGCCUAGCACAGCUUUUCAGCAGCGGAUCGCUCAGCCAUUCCGUGCAAUCCGAACUUGAUGCUGCCGAAAACCUUCUCGUGGUCCUACUGCAGUCAAUUCGGUCAGCUAGUUUCCAUCGGAAAAAUCGAUGACUCGAGUGUCAUCAAAUCAUCAAAAGAGUGCAAUUAUAACAGGUUCAAAAGCAUAUAACGACAAGGAGAAAGUCAUUUUUCCGUUCAGAGACUGCUCAAAAUUCGAUUCGAACGUUUGUGUGAAUGAGGAGUCGGGACGAAGUCGUUUCUGCUACAAGAAUCCUUUGCUCCAACUUCCCUCCGUCGCAUGGGUCGUUGUCAGUUACAUCCUUUGGCUCUUCUUCGGAUUCGCUUUUCUUCUCAAUUAUAUUUAUUUUUUCGAAAAGUAUUGCUAAAUAAAUGUUGCUUACGAAUGAUCUCUUUUUUGCAACCGAUUUGCAACCAGAAAAAGAUGACGCGCGGCCGGGCAACAAAAAAUGGUUUCCGGCAAAGUGUCAAAUCAGUGCGCGAGACGACAAACACGUGCGAUAUAAAAGGAACGAGCGGCGGGCGGAAAGGAUAUCACUGGAACAGCAAUGACCAAAAUCGUUCUUUGCUCGCUUUUCGCUCUCGUCGCACUGGUUACCAUUUCCCAGGUAUCACAGUCGAACCAAUCGCCCAGUUCUUGAUCGCAGUGCUCUUCAGGUUCACUCGGCAGUUCUUCCGAUCUCUUCGACCGAACUGGCCACAGUUCCGCAUGCUUCUUCUGAAGAGACUUCUGUGGACACUCUCGGAUCUUCUCGAGUGAAGAGAAGCGGAGGGUGCGGAUGCUGUGGAUGCGGAUGCUGUGGAUGCGGGGGCGGAGGCGGAGGAUGCGGAUGCUGCUGCUGUAGACCACGGUUAGUUCCUUUUCCAGUUCGAACGCGAUCCGUCGUUUCAGAUGCUGCUGCCGCUGCACGUGCUGCCGAACUUGCUGUUGCACGAGAUGCUGCACUUGCUGCCGUCCGUGCUGCUGUGGAUGCGGUACCUUUUUCCUCAUCCCCGAUUCUCCUCUUCAAUUGAUCUUAUUUCAGGAUGUGGCUGUGGAUGCUGCGGAUGCGGAGGCGGAGGACGAAAGCGUCGUUCCCUCCAGAAUCUCAGAAUCGACGAAGCCAACCGUGCUCUGGGAAUCAAGAGAAGACCUUCUGGAACAAAGUGCUAA